CCCGUGUCUUGUGGCAGCCCUGAGUGUCGUGUUCAUCUAGUCCUCUAUGAAUACUCUAUUGAAGAAAGAAUAGCACUCAAGAUUCUGUAUCUUACUCAGAGACUAAGAUAUAAAGUACCUCUCUUGGGUGAAUAAUUUGAUACUAUGUCAAAUAUGCUUAUAAAGGCUGUCUGCUGUUUGCUUGAAUGCAUGUAUUUCGUAUCGCCCCAAGAGAACAAGACGCCGGUAGUCGAGCAACCUCAAAUCUUGGAUAUCUUAAUUCUAAGUCAGUCAGUAUUUGUAGUUCUAGUCUAGCAGAUAUCAAUAGAUCUUACUUACUCAUCAGAAUAAUCGCCACCGCGAUGAUAUCUCUAUCAGUAAAGCCAGUCAUUUUCAGCUACAGUGCCUUAGUCCGAUGGAUCAGACACCGGACAGGUGUACAAUCUUGAGAAGAUGUAGCUGAUUUUAUAUUCUUAUCUGUCUGAGGGC